UGUCAUCAGUUUCCGUUGAAAAUCCAACACAAGACGUAGCCUGCUUUUUCUGAUUUUUUCUUCAAGAUUGAAAAUGACGAAAAUCGCUCUUUGCAUUUUACUCGCUAUCGUAGGCGUUGCGAUGGGUUAUCCAAGCGGCUUUGCACCAGGAUAUUAUCCAACUUAUAACACCGGCUUGAACAACCUGUACAAUCAAUACCCGAAUCAAUAUAACAAUCCUCACUACAACAAUUAUCCUUACGCACAACAGUACCCUGGAUAUAGACAGCCGACUUUCAACAAAGCAUCGGCAAAUGCUCAAGCCUCCUCCAGCACUGGGCUUUUUGGUGGACAAAGCUCAGCUCAAGCCUCCGCCCAUGCAGGAUCGUCAUUUGGGCUGUUUUAAAUCAGUUUGACAUGAUGCAAAGACAUUCUCAACGUCAAGGAAGCUACUCUGCUGGUUUACGAUUCUUUGAUUUUUGAAAAUAGCUUAUA